CUACACAACACAAAACAUUGUGAUUCUUGAAGUGCUAACAUUGAAUGAAAAUCAACAAAGGUUGUCUUCAUUGCCAAAAAGCUGAUGUAGCAGUAAAUGCUUUUAUCUACAUAGUCGUUAGCAUUUAUAAAGAAGAAAUUUGUGUCAAUACAUGCAAUUUCAUACACCGUGUAUAUCUAUCUAUAUUAGCGUGUCAAAUUUGAUUUCUUUUAAAGUAUAUGAAAUUCAUCUGAAUUUAUUCCUUCCACACUCUGAGUGGUUCCAGCAAAGCAUCAAAGAUAUACCGUGUAUGCUCUUAUUCUACAAAUGAAACGAUUAAAUAUUGAAAAAUUAUCAGAUAACGAUAUCCCUGAAAUAGAAGUCAAAACAAAAGACCAAGUUGAACGACCAGGAGGCAUAACAAAGAUAGAUCUCAAAUCCAAAAUGAACAAAGACACCACCUUUGGUAAAACUUCCAUGUUUCAUUCUUGGCAAACAAGUAAUGGACGUGUAUAAAUACCCCAAACCCAGAAGCAACUAAACCAUAUGAACAAUCUCAGUCUCGGAUUGAAACUAAUCCAACCAAACCACACACGUUUUCAAGGCAAAAAUGGAAGAUUCCAACGUAGUUCUGCUGGAUUUCUGGCCAAGCUCUUAUGGAAUGAGAGUGAAAAUCGCUUUGGCAGAGAAGGGAAUCUCGUAUGAAUGCAAGCAAGAAGACUUAGAAGCUAAAAGCUCUCUUCUUACAGAGAUGAACCCAGUUCACAAAAUGAUACCAGUUUUGAUUCAUAAUGCAAAACCCAUCAGUGAGUCACUCAAUAUUGUUCAGUACAUUGAUGAGGCAUGGAAACACAAACCUUCUCUGCUUCCCUCUGACCCUUACAAACGAUCCCAAGCCAGGUUUUGGGGCGAUUACAUCGACAAAAAUGUAUACAAUGGUGUGAAGAGGGUAUGGACGGGGAAGGGUAAAGAGCAAGAAGAGUGGAAGAAACAAUUGAUAGAAUGUUUGAAGAGCCUGGAAGAUGAACUUGGAGACAAGGCAUAUUUUGGUGGUGAAGAGUUUGGGUAUGUGGAUGUGGCCCUUGUUCCUUUCACUACCUGGUUUUACACGGUUGAGACAUUUGGGAAACUAAGCAUUGAAGAAGAGUGUCCAAAACUUGUGGCGUGGGCCAAAAGGUGCAUGCAGAAAGAGAGUGUGGCUACAUCACUCCCUCACCCUCACCAGAUAUAUGAUUUUGCCCUGCAAUAUAAACACAGACAUGGACUUCAGUAGAUACAUAUCUGUUAUCAUAUAACAUUAAGUAUAAGAAAUAUAUACACUACCAUGUGUGUUUGUGUUUUUCUUAUGAUGAUAGUAGUACUGAAGUUAGAAUCUGUUGUUUAUAAAAUAAAUUAUGUGUUGUAGACCUAAUAAAACAUUUAUAUAUUGCCACUUUUUAAAA